AUGUCGUUGGUGGUAACACUACGAAAGUUCUUAAGCGAAUCAAUACAACCACUCACGAAUUCGAGGGAUUUCGAUAUUAAAGCCGCUGUAAGACAGGUUACAGGGCCUGAUUGGAGAAAAUUGGUCAAUCUUGUACCGAAACGUGUUGAUCUCACAACUUCUGAUUCGCCUAUCUCUAUUCUUCAAUAUCAGUCUCGUCACUGCGGCCAUCAAAUCCAAUAA